UUACUUACUAGUAUUAUAAUUUCAAAAUAAAUUAAAAACAGUUUAACAUACCUAACCUACUUUAAAAUGCAACCUAAAAGAAAAUGCAACUUAAAGGGAGCUGUGAGGGCUUCAGCGUACACAUAAACUUUAUAACACGCAAGAGAGUUGCUGCUAAAUUGACCAAGGUUUUGGCAAUCUAUUGAGUCACGAGCAUCUAGAGGUUUACCAAAUCCUAAACAAAAAUCAAGUGCAACUUCGGUGGUUGAAAAACAAGGGAAGAUUACAAAACAUGAUCCGCCACAUUACAAAUAUCUCUAUUCAUCUGGUUCUGAAGUAGAUAAAAUAACGUCAAUGAACAAUGGUCUUGAUCGAUGUGCAAGUCUUCUUAAUGCUUUGUUAAGUUCACCUAAAGUUUCACAUCAAGCAAGUGUUCCGCAAAAAAAAAGUAGAAAAAAGGUAGUACCUGAUGUGGAAAUAGCAGUAAAAACUACAAUUGCAAAGCCAUUGUUCAACAAGAGGCUUGUAUCUUCAACACCAGCUUUUAGCAAUGUGUCACAUGUUGUUACAUCAGAGUUUUCAGAUGCUCAACCAAAACAACAAGGUAUUUACAAUGAUGCUAUCAAAGCAACUAUGCAUGCAAUAAAUGAAAAUAAAGGUGCAAGCAGCCAAAAAAUAUUAUUUGAAGAUUCAAAUAUUUCUAAAGAAAAUGUCAGUCUAAAUUUACUUUUGAAAAGUAUAACUGAAAAAUUAUCUUUAAAUGAAGACAAAACCCUAUUAAAAACAUUGACUUGCGAUCGGGUAUAUAAUGAUCAUACAAUAUCUGGAAAAAAUUUGGAAUUGAACAAAAAUGUAUGUCAAGCUAAAAAAUUGAAUUACAAUACUGUAAACAUGAAAGAAAUAAAUGACAUUGACCUUGAAGAAAAAAAUCCAAAUGUUCUUAUUCAGCCAAAAAGUGGUUCUAAUGAUAAUCAGCUUGAAAGCAAUGUUGUUAAUUUUCAACAAGAAACUAAAUCCGAUAUUAUCAAUUUACCAGUUCCUUCAUCAUUAAAAAGUGUAAUUGAACUUGAUUCAGUUGAAAAAAAGAAUAAAAAAACUAUUUCCCCACUUUUUGUUCCUAGUCAAUUGUCUGUGUACCUAAAUCCAUCAGAAGAAAGCAGCACUCAAUUGCCAGUUUACCUAAAACCAUCAGAAAAAAGUAACACUAAAUUACCAGUCUACCUAAAUCCGUCAGAAACAAGCAGCACUCAAUUAACUACUUUGAAAUACUUGUUAAAAGAAUUGCGUGAUAUGAUGAACAUUAAAGCAUGUGGUUUCGAAUUAAAUCAGCUGUUUGAAGAAAUAGAUCAUACUGUUGAGUUAAUACCAUUUUCAAUGGCAAACUCAGCUGUUAAUGAAUGCAAUAAUGACUUAGAUUUACUAAAGAUAGAGAAUGCUAAUCUUAAACAGAAUCUUCAAUACUUUCAUCAAGAGCUUGAAAAGUUAAAGCUGAGCAAAAAAACGAUAAAUCAAAAAGAUAAUAAUGAACUGCAUCAGAAAAUACUAAUUGAAGAAGAAAAUAACUUUAAAUUAUCAAAUCAAGUUCAGGAAGUCAUAAUGGUAGCAGAAGAAUUAAGAAAAGAAAAUGAAGACUUAUGGAAACAUAUCUCUAUAAAAGAUACACAGUUUAAUGAAAAUUUAAAUGCAUGGCAAAUUGAACGAUGCAAGCUAUUAGAAGAACAUGCAGAAAAACAAAGAGUUAUUGAAGAGUACAAAUCCCGUUGCAAAUCAUAUGAAGAAUCUUUAACUAUCCUUCAAGUUUCUAUAAAGCAAAGAGACACAGAAAUAAAUCGAUUGAACAAAUUAACCAGAGAUCUUCAACAAUCCGUAACAAACCUUUUACUUGACAUUAAUGAAGAACGCAAUAAAAAGAUCAUUAAUCGGGAACCCAGUAAAAAAUUCUUUACUCAUCAAUUAGUUAAAAAAAGCAUUCCCGUCAACGCGUUGAACUUGCCUAAACGCGCAUUUCAUAUAAACGAAUCCUCUAUUAAUCCUGAACCAAUGUUUAAUUCAAUCAAUACCGAUUUAAAUUCAUUAUCAAGCUUUAAAGAUACGACAGACUCGUCUACUUUGAGUUGUGCGAUUGGUUCCGUUGAUCAUGAAACCGAUAGCUGCAUAUCUACUCUAAAAACAAGUGAUACUUCUGAAUUUCAAAAAGAUUUAAAAAAUCUUGAUGAAGAAAUUUUUAAAAUCCAACAAUCGUUAACGAAAGUUAACGAUUAAAAAAAUUAACAUUUUUAUCUUAUGAUUAAAAAACAUUUCAAGUUAAUAGUAAAAUAUUUUCAGUUAA